UGUUCAUUGGGAGGUGAUAGAAUUCCCAUGGAGGUUACUCUUCAAUCACCUUUUUACUUGGUUCAAAUUUGGGUGUGGGAGAGGUUCAAAAAUUUGCAACCACAACCACAAUCCAUGUUGAUCAACCAUGGAGACCCUUUAUUGUUUAGGUGGCAUAUGGUUAAGGAUUUGAAUAUUGACAAUGUUAGGUUGGCAUUAGACUUAGCUAUGGAUGAUUUUCUUUGGCGUCCAUAUGUUAGAUAUGGCGAUAAGUGUGGAAUGUUUUAUCCAAAUGAUGAAAUUUGGAUACCAUUUAAGAAAGAUUUGGAUAAAGAAAUAUUGUCAUUUGUUACAUGCUUGAGAGUUUGUGAGCUUGUUGGAUUUGGCUCUACAGAGCAAUAUCUCCCUCAUAGAGUUGCUAUGCAAUUUGGAAUGGAUCAAGAUGUUCCGGCUCACGUGCCUAGAUCCAAUUGGACCAAAGCCGUUGCUUGGGAAAAUUACUGCAGGCCAUUUUCUGAUAGAAAUUUGUACUUUCCUUCUAGAUUUUUUGAAGCAGAUGUUACCGAUCGUUAUGCAAAGUGGUGGAAGCAAUCUGUAUCGGGUUGCGACGAUUUUGUUAAGAAUAUUGUGCGGCGGAAGAGAAGUGCAAGUUCAAGAAAACAUAGACCUCAUGGAGGAAAAGCUAACAAAAGUGGUAACUUUUUUCUGCAAAGGAAAAGUGGUAAUGAUCCUGACGUUCCACCUGGAUUUCCUCCCAAACUUGUCGACACUCUUACUUUCGGAAAAUUUUGUGUUGAUGAUUCAAAAUCUAAAACUAGGAAGGCUGAUGAUUUUUAUGCUAAUGUUCACUCUAAAAAUUUUGUUCAUAAUGGUUUGAAAGCUGUUGAAAAUAUUGAUGUUGAUGAGGAUUGUAAGCCUUUAUUGGAAGAGUACAAGUGUGGUUGCACAUCAAAUCAAUGUAAGCAUUUAUUCAAUCAAUGUUGUUCAGCCUCUUCAGCAGAUUAUGUCGAUUUCAAAAAGAUAUUACCAAUGAAAAGACCAGUACCUAAAGGGAACAAUGAACCUUCAAUAGGAGGUUUGGAGAAAAUUGUUAAAGAUGCAAAUGGGAGCAAAGAAGUGACUCAAGAUACUAUCAGAAACAAUGUCUCUUUGUCCGACAAAGUAACUGUUGUGCAGGAUGAUGUUCGGUUUCGUUCUGAUAUGGCUGCUCAAGCAGAAGCUAACGAAGCGAUUGAAGAAAGGGAAAGAAAAGAAAGAGAAGAAAAAGAUGAUGAAGUUGUGGUUUUGUUAAAAGAGAAAUACUUGAAGAAUCAAGAAGAAAUCGAGCGUCUGACAAGACAACAGGAAGAAAUCCUGCGGUAUAUGGAUUUGAGGGAGAAGAAGGAUGAAGAGUUGAAGCAACUCCUCGCUAGUGUUCUAAAGAAUGAACAACCACCAUCAUGUUCUUAAAACUUCAUUUUGUUUUGAAACUCUCUUUAUCAAACUCAUGACAGGGAUGACCUUUUCAUUACCCUCUCUAUUUUGUUGAUAUAACAAACAAGGAGAAAGUAGUAACAGUUUUGAUGAGUUAGCAUAUAAGCAUAUGCUUUUAUUAUCUGCUAUGCUUGUGUUAUUUAUCUUUAGUAGUAGUAUUGGCAUCACUAACUCAUAUUUUGCUAUGCUUUUAUAAUUGAGAAAGUCUGGUGUGAUAAAGAAUAUGUAAUGAAGUGCAGAAAAAAAUGACCUGAAGUGAUUCUAACCUACCAAUUUUUGAAUUAAAGCCAAUAGAGUAUAUAUCAACACUUGAUGGAGCUUAUAAUUCUCUUGUACAGCUAAAGACCAAAAUUCCUAAAUCUUGAAACUGUGGUACAAAAAUCAGUAUACCACCCGAGUGCAUAUUGGUAUAACGGUGAGUUUAUCAGAAUUAUAAAAGUUAGAUAUGGUUUAGGGUAAUUAGAAGCUAGUUAUGAUAAGGUAGAAUUUUAUUAGAUUAGUUGCAUUAAGAGUACUAGAUAAAAGGGUAUUAUACUCUAAUUGUAUCAUAUUUUUUCAUAUUAUCAUUUCGAGCUUUAUAUUUCCUUUUAA